UAUUGGGCUAGAAGCUUAGGUCGAGGUUGGUGGGAAGCGAACCAGCCAGGGAACAAACAGCAUAUAUGAAAUAAUACCCCAAGUGUAACAGGCUCCAAUUUCACCGCAGCCAUGUGGUAUGAAAUCCUGCCCGGUUUCGCUAUAAUGACUGUUUGUCUAAUCAUUCCUGGCGUUGCAACGGCACAGAUUCACAAGUUCACGAACGGUGGAAAGGAAAAGAGGACCGCCCGAGUACCUUACCACUGGUAUUUGAUGGAGAGAGACAAGCGAGUGGCAGGAAACGGAGUCUAUCACAACUCCAAGGGCCUGGAAAACAUUAAUUGAAGAUCUCUGUUUCACUUCAUAAGGAGUUUGUUUGUAGAAUGUUUAUUUGUUCUGCUGUAAUAUUGUUGUCUAAUAAAUGAAUAUAAAAUGAAGA